AUGGCAUCAUCAAUCGCCAUAUUGGCAGCAAUGCUUUACGCCUCCACCGCAUUCUGCCACCCUCAACCCAUCAUCGAAAGCAGCCUUUCUCCAGCUAACCUUGCCGUCACUUGGUACCAAGCACCUCUGGCUUUCAGCGAAUCAAUUUCGACCGAGACAACCUGUGGUUGGGCUGUCUCCACAGGACAAUUGAACAUCACUCAGUGCUACACCUUGCACACAUAUGCUCUUGGACUGCAGCAGGAUGAGCAGCACUCGUGUGCUUUGAAAGUGUGGGAUGGCGUCUCCGAUUGCUCUGGGAAUGGAUCUUGGACUAUGCAUGCUAUACCCAGUGGUAGAGAUACCAGUUGUGUCAAGACUGGUGUUUUGGAUGGCGGCAACUUCCAGCAUAAGAGCUGUGUUCUGACAUGCUCUUAG